UACCCAAUAAUAUACAAUAUUUACCAUAUAUUUACCAGGUUAAUACCUAGUAAUUAGGGGACUGUAAAAGGAAGGGUUACCAGACACGGUAGUUCAGGCUUCUGUUCCUUUUUCUGCAAAUCAUAGUGUGAAGAGGAAGGAAGUCUUUCAAUACUUUGUGGUGUCUGUUCAGCUAACUGCAUGAUAAACUGGGACCACAGACUAGAUAUCAGACCAGCUUUCUGCGCUACAGAGUGUUCAAAUACCUCCCAGAACAACAGAGUGAGAGAGGAGAGGCCUCACUAUGGAUUUAAGAUCAGCAGCAAGAGGAUUUCUAGCUUUCCUUCUGUCAGUACCAGUGCUUCAGGGUAAUGAUGACUGGAGAGUUACGUACUCAUCUAGUAAUGUCUGUGCUUUAAGAGGAGCAACGGUUGCCAUCAGCUGCACUUAUGAAUACCCUGACAACGUACAGUACCGCCCUAACACAGUCAGAACACUGUGGUUGACAAAAGGAGACACGUAUCAGCCAGUUGAUCUGGAACACGAUACAGACUACAGAGUUCAUGUUGAAUCCAGCUGUGGAGAGGUCAGAUGUACCAGGUCCAGAUGUCAUGGAACAUGUACCCUGAGAAUCAAAGACCUGCGACAGAGUGACUCUGAUGUCUACAGGUUUAGCUUCACAAAAAAACAACCAGAUGGGGAAUAUACUGGGGACCCUGGAGUGACGUUAUCUGUAACAGACCUCCAGGUGAAGGUGUCCUUUCUUGACCCUAUCAGUCCUACCUGGGCAGAGCUGGAGUGUCACAGUAUGUGUGAUCUAGGUGGUGACCCUCGCUACACCUGGUUCAGGAAUGGACAGAACGUAAGACGGGUAGUGAAGUCAAGGGACUACUUUAAGUCUGAAGGAAGCUAUUCAUGUGCUGUUGAAGGAUACGAACAACUCGGGUCUCCUUUAGUGUUGCUUCAGGGUAAUGGUGAAUGGACGGUUACUUACUCAUCUAGUAAUGUCUGUGCUUUAAGAGGAGCAACGGUUGACAUCAGCUGCACUUAUGAAUACCCUGACGACGUACAGUACCUCCCUAACACAGUCAGAACACUGUGGUUUACUAAAGGAGACAAGUAUCAGCCAGUUGAUCUGGAACACGAUACAGGUCGUGUUGAAUUCAGCCGUGGAGAGGUCAGCUGUACCGGGUCCAGAUGUCAUGGAACAUGUACCCUGAGAAUCAAAGACCUGAGACAGAGUGACUCUGCUGUCUACAAGUUUAGGUUCACAACAAACCUACCAGGCAGGGAAUAUACUGGUGACCCUGGAGUGAAGUUAUCUGUAACAGAUCUCCAGGUGAAGGUGUCCUUUCCUCACCCUACCAAUCCUACCUGGACAGACCUGGAGUGUCACAGUAUGUGUGAUCCAGCUGGUGACCCUCCCUACAUCUGGUUCAGGAAUGGACAGAAUGUAGGACAGGGAGUGAACUACAGGGCCUACAUUCAGUCUGAAGGGAGCUAUUCAUGUGCUGUUGAAGGAUACGAAGGUUUCCGCUCUCCUUUAGUGUACGCUCCAAAGACCCCCUCAGUGACCGUGAGUCCCUCUGGUGAAAUAGAGGAGGGCAGUUCAGUGAGUCUGAGCUGCAGCAGUGAUGCCAACCCAGCAGCUAACUACACCUGGUUCAGGGUUAAUCCAGACUAUAACUCCAGAGAGAUGAAGCAGGGACCACAGCUCGUCUUUAGAAGCAUCCUGUCUGCAGACUCUGGACAGUACUACUGUCUAGCUCAGACUGAGCUAAGGACAAAAUCUGAGUUGAUCUAUAUAACCGUGACAUACGCUCCAAAGACCCCCUCAGUGACCGUGAGUCCCUCUGGUGAAAUAGAGGAGGGCAGUUCAGUGACUCUGAGCUGCAGCAGUGAUGCCAACCCAGCAGCUGAGUACACCUGGUUCAGGGAACAAGACGACUCAGUGAAAGCAUCAGGACAGAACUACACCAUCACUAAUAUCACAUCUGAGCUAGAAGGAUACUAUUACUGCCAAGCUCAUAAUACAUUCGGACAUCAUAAUUCCACCUUUCUGUUAAUUAAAGUUUGUAUUCAGGGUUUGAAAUCGACAUCAACAUCAUGGACAACAACAGUAGCUGUGAGAGGCAUUGUUGUCCUACUGGCCACCGUACUCCUCCUUGUCUUCCUCUGGAUGAGAAGAAAGAGGGCCUCGAGUAAAGCAUAUGGACAGGGAGGAAGGCCAGAUACUGUGGAGGAGCCACUACCAGGUCCUGUGUAUGAAAACGUCUCAGCUCUGACCAAUCACUUGGCUCCUGCAGCACAGAGAGAACCAAUAGAAGAGCAGGAUGACCAUCACUAUGCCAGCAUCCAUACCUCUCGUUCAGAGAACCAGGAAGUUCCUCGCUGUUGGGUUGGCUCUAAUGUCCAAUCAGACCAAGCAGAUGCUGUCUUUUAUUCUGUGGUCAACAUUAAGAGACCAAACGCUGUCCCUGGAGAGAGUGACCAGACAGAGGCGGCAGAAACCUCAGAGUUGUACAGCACCGUCAAAAAACACCCCAGAUAUUGAAACAGUUGUGGCAGCAGGAUUUAAAUAGUGGUACUAGGUAGAGUGUCUCAUCCAUUUAGUUUAACAGGACAAUACGCUUGCUGCAUGUCCUAUGGAAAUUAAUUUCAUGGAAUGAAUACUUGCCACUAUAGCUCAUUCAUGACCUGAUUUAUUUGACUUAUUCACUUGAUUGUGUCUGUUCCACUUGCGAUGGCCCCAGCGAGGCCACAUGUUAUCCAGGGCCUCUUGCUUUUGAGGAUAUAGCUCUGCUUCAUCGCUACCACCUGCUGGUUACCAGGAUGUACUGCACCUGUGAGGGGAGGUCUUAGCGGUACCAUCUGCUGGUUACCAGGAUGUACAUGCUGGUCAGCGCAUUCAUUCCAAAACAGAUUGAGUUUUUCAUAACCUCUGAGUAAUAUGGUGCAAACCUGGCAUUUAAUGUAUUUGCAAGUGAAAUUUUUUCUUCACAAUACUGUAACAUAUGCCACAUGUUUUCAUGUGCCAUAUUUGAAAACUCUGUCCACAAAAUCGUGGUUGCUCUUGAGAAUUUAUUGGCCAAAGUUGUUUUCUUUAACAUGACAUCUAUGCCUGGCCUUUUUGUUGCAGCUCAUUUCCAAAAUACUUUACAGGUUUAAGGCAUGUGAUGGUGAUCCAUGUGGUAGGCUACAUUAAGUUACAUGAAUUCUGUGUGAAAUUAACUAAAGAUUCUGUAAGUUGUUCAUAGUUGAUAAUCAUAUAAAACGUAUCUGGUACAUCACAUCUGAUUUGUAUAAUUGGGGCAAUGCAUCCAGCAAUAUUGGUAUUGUAUUGAGACAAAUUUGAGAGACCUUAGACAUGAAAUACCUGAAAUAAAAUGAAGAACUCACCAAGAUCAUUGCGAGACCGAACUAUGCAUAUUUCUCAGGAGUGACAAUUGAGAGUCUCUCUUUGGCCUUGAGUAAGCCCAAAUAUAUCAUGUUAAUGUGAUAGAAAGGAGAUCUCAUUUUACUUUGCAAUGGGUUGUUUUGGAGAGACAACACAUUUGAAGGGAUUUGUUAGGAACCAUUACAUGAUGUCUCCAAGGAACCGUCUGUAAUUCCUAGUGAACACAUUAUUUUAUCUAGAGUUCUGAUUUAUCAUAAUUUCACUAGUGAACACAUGAGUGUUCUUCUCCCUGGAGUUGUGGUCAAUCUAGGGUCAUCCUUUCAGUAUCUUUCCAGUUUGUCACAGUAAAGAAAUCCUUAUUAAUCCGCCUCCUCCAAGUGUAAUUGCAUUGAUGUGGUAAAGUAUGGACCUAGUCCUGGUAUGUGGGUGUUGAAGGUCAUCCAGCUUCUGGUGAGAGGAAAGCCGACGGAUUUAGUUUAGUUGGAUCUUCCGUAUUUUCGGUUUUGAUAAAGGGUUUCUUUACUUUAUGAAUGGAAUGAUGGUCAGAUGAUGGAAAUAAUGUAUGUGAAAACUAUUGUUUAAAAAGAAAACUUAUCCGGAGAACACAAUAUAGCAAAAGAUAAAAUAUGAUGGAACUAGGUACCAUUCAUUGUGGUCUAAAAGGUGAUCAUAUGUUCCAGGCAGUAACCAGGCUUCAGGUUAACUCUGCUGCAUUAAGAUGAAGUCCUUUUUCUUUUCUUUUGGUCAAAUGAACAAAAGUGCAUGAUGAACUGGAACCACAGACCAGCUUCAACUUCUACUGUAAGAGGUUGUAUUUUCUUAACCUUUGUUCAAAUGCUUUACAAAUGUAAUUCAUAGAGGGAUAUAUAGUAAUGAAAAUGACUGAAAAAACACUGUUGUAUAUUUAAAACUGAUGUAUUUCUCCUUGUAUGAACUUGUACUGGUAUUAUUUACUUGCAAGUGUGUUUAAAUAUCUCCAAGAACCACAGAGUGAGAGAGGAGGGGACUCAGUAUGAAUUCAAGAUUAGCAGCAAAAGGAUUUCUAGCUUUUCUUCUGUCAGUACCAGGUUGGUUCAUUUACAUUGCGAACAUUUAGUUUCAAUAACAUGACAACCAAGCAACUGGAACGAGGACAGGGUGAAACCUCAGCAUGUUGAAGAUCGAAUAAUAUUUAAUAAAAAAUAACCCUAAAGAAUCA